CAGUCGGUCGGGUGGCCAAACCGAUCUCACUCGCGUUCGCACGUUAUUCAGCAGUCGCGCGCCGCCAGCGUCGCACGCGACUUGAUUGCCCGCGAUAUGACCCAGUGACGUGAUAGUAUGAAUAAAGCCGGCAUAACGACGGAAGUCGCCGCGCCGAGCGUGGCGAUCCACGUGGACCAGUAUGACGAUCCGGACGCAGACGAGGACCACUCAAAACUUCUUGAUUUACAUUCACCGCCACCGAUUGUGACGCCCUCUGGGCAAAUGCGAAAAGUGAAGAGCUUCACCGAUACACACAGAAUCCGCGAUGUGAGUACCGCUUCAGGAGCAGCGUCUGCUCGGUGUCUGCGUCCGUACGACCAAGUUGCUUUUAACCCUGAAGGUUCCGACUGCGGAACGAACCACUAUGGCGCUCCAUCGGUACGUUCUCUCGCCUCGAUUGGUAUGGGCUGCACCGACGGUCGCAAAAUGGUCAUUCGACGGGUACCAACAUCGCCCACCGAAUUGUUCCAUCUAGUACGUCCUCCUACUCCGCCGGAUGAAGACACGGCGUCCCACGAAAGCGACUGCGAUGAAGAAGAAGAGGACGACACGGACCACCUCAAGCCGAGAAGGCCAUUUUGGGCGAACAAGAUUCAGUUCGUGUUGGCCUGUGUGGGAUACUCCGUCGGCCUAGGAAAUGUUUGGCGAUUCCCUUACUUAUGCUAUAAGAGUGGCGGAGGGGCGUUCCUGAUACCUUACUUCAUAAUUCUCCUAGUAUGUGGAGUGCCUAUGUUGUUCAUGGAACUGGCCGUGGGACAAUAUACGGCACACGGACCUAUAGGUGCACUCUCCCAAAUAUGCCCACUUUUCAAAGGUGCCGGUCUUGCAAGCGUGGUGAUCUCGUUUCUAAUGUCCACGUACUAUGCCGCAAUAAUAGCCUGGGCGAUAUAUUAUUUUUUCACAUCGUUCAAGUCUGAAGGAUCGUGGGCAAGCUGCGCCAAUCGUUGGAAUACGCCCCAAUGUUGGGUACCGAACCAUAACAAUACUAAACCCAAUGGAUCCCAGACGCCAACGGAACAAUUCUUCGAGAAAAAAGUACUAGCCAUGAGUGAUGGCAUAGAAUACCCAGGAGGCAUGCGAUGGGAGCUAGCAGCUUGCCUUGUCUGUGCUUGGGUGCUUGUAUAUUUCGCCCUUUGGAAAAGUAUCAAGUCAUCCGCCAAAGUCCGCUACAUCACGACAACACUUCCAUUUUUACUAAUCAUAGUGUUUCUUGGAAGAUCUCUAACUUUAGAAGGAGCUGAUAAAGGCUUGAGAUUUUUUUUCAAACCUGAGUGGGAAUUACUAAAGACUUCAAGACCUUGGGUGAAUGCUGCAUCCCAAAUCUUCAACUCUAUUGGCAUAGCGUUCGGCUCCAUGAUAAUGUUCGCUUCAUACAAUCGAUUUGAUAAUAAUUUCCUCCACGACACAUUGGCCGUGUCACUGGUAAAUGCAAUCACUAGUCUAAUCGUCGGAAUAUUUACCUUCGCCACAAUAGGCAACAUUGCUUUUGAACAAAACACGGCAGUGAAGGACGUCAUUGCCGAUAGUCCCGGUUUACUGUUCGUAGUAUAUCCCCAAGCAAUUGCCAAAAUGCCAGCCUCACAGUUUUGGGCUGUUUUAUUCUUCUUUAUGUUCCUCUGUCUCGGAUUAAACAGUCAGUUUGCAAUCGUGGAAGUUGUAGUGACAUCAAUACAAGACGGAUUUCCGGAUUUCAUUCGCAAGCGUCUAGUGUACCACGAGCUGCUCGUCCUCUGCGUAUGCGCAGUGUCACUGGUGUUUGGGCUGCCUCACAUCAUCCAGAGUGGAAUAUAUUUCUUUCAGCUGAUGGACUACUACGCAGCAUCCUUAAGCAUUACCUACCUUGCCUUCUUUGAGAUGGUUGCCAUCGCCUGGUUCUACGGUGUUGGUAGACUGUCAAAGAACAUUAAACAGAUGACAGGUCGUUAUCCAUCGCUAUAUUUCCGGAUAUGCUGGCUGAUAGCUGCACCGGCACUGCUGCUGGCACUCUGGAUCGCCAGUCUAGUGGACUACCGGCCGCCAAGUUACCGCCAAUACCAGUACCCAGCCUGGGCUCAAGCGCUGGGCUGGACCAUUGCCUCUCUCUCUCUCCUCUGCAUACCAGUGUAUGCAGUCGUCGUGGUAAUUAGAUCUCCCGGAAAAAACUUAAAGGAGAAACUGCGACAAUCAAUACGUCCAACUUCAAUAUGCGAGUGCGGUAUCAACGGUUGUGAUAUAUGUUGUUCUGAGUCAGAACCUCCAGAUGACAAGACAACCAUCCACUAGUCUCUACAUUUUAAUUGUGCUAGAUAGAUAUUAGUAAUGAAAUAUGCUCAUGCGCAAAGAACACAGACUUUAUACUUAAAUGAUAUCAAUAAUAAACAAGACAAUAAGAUAAUAAAUAACAGAAGAUGAUAUUCUUAUUAUCAUUAAUUUACAAUAAGGCAAAGGCCGCACUCGACCUAAAAUCCAUUUAGUCGAGAAGUGGUGACACAGUUUUAGAACUCAAGGUAGACCGGAGUCGAUGUGUGCAUCGGACAACUUCACACCGAUCACUCAUUGGUUAGAUUAGGUACCAAAAGAUAACGAGUUAUAUGGAAUUCACGUGUUAAUAAACAAUGAGACAUUUCAUGCUACACUUACGUAUGAAAAUGUUAUCUAUCUAUAAUUCAUACAGGUGUUUUGUACACCGAAAUCUGUAAGUAUCUACAUUAUUAUAAUUGAAAGAUUUUACUUGAUAAAUGACUAUAACAAUCACGAAGAAGUAAACUGAAAUACCUUUUUGUAGGUGUACUUAUUGAAUAUUACGUAUUUGAUAACACCUAAAGUCAUGUAUCUACUUUGCUAAGGCCUAUCUUAGAGGGAAGUAUAUUGUAUGGUACAAUUUAUACGUAUACAUUAUUUAACGCUUAUAGAUAUCUAUAUUAUAAACGACGAGUUCGAAUACUAUGUUAUUAUUAGUUAAUUAAAUUAUUGAACAUUCCCAAGGUGUUGUGAAGUUAAAUUAGUAGCAAAAUGUAUUACCAUUAUAUAAGAGAGAACAAACAUCGCGAAAGACAUCAAUGUAACCCAGUUUUGGUUAAGUAAAAAGCCUCAAAUUUGCAAAGAUAAGAUAAUGAGAAACUGUCACUCCUUUACGAGUAAAAGCGUAAAAACAACACGGAAGGUUUUACCCACAACGGAAAACAUGUGUGACACAUUUUGACAAUGCGAUUUUGUGGAUAUUUGUCUGUCACCAUUCUUCUCUCUAAAAGUAUUGGACAGAAAUUGAUGGAAUUUUAGUGAAGUAGUAUUGAGUAUCUUCGAUGAGCCAGAUCUUUUAUAUGUACAUAUAUAUGACGUAUAUGUAUCCACUCCCCCACCGCACCUUCGUCAAUAAUAAACGAGCUUCUAUUACGAACGGUCUUUAAGGCUCAAUUUAUAUUGCGGCGGAACGGAAUGCAAGCGAAUUUUUGAAACGAUAUUGUACAUAGCAUAAUGAACUUUAAGGUCAAUUGUGUAACGAACAAACUAGACACGAGCCAAAAUCAUUCGCUGAAUGCGCGAGCAUACGACAG